AUGAAGAAAUUCUUCCCUCCAGCAGUCAACGCAAGGAGACAAAAGAACGUGCUGAAUUUCGAACAGAUUGAUAAUGAGACUCUAAGCACCGCUUGGGUGCAUUUUAGAAGAUUAGUGAAAAAUUUUCCGCAUAUCGGUAUUCUCAAUUGCGUUCUGAUGGAAACAUUUUAUAACAGCCUGAAUCGAUCAACGCAAGCUGUUGCUGACGCCUCUGCAGUGGGAGGAUUCAUGGAUAAGACCUACACGGAAGCCAAGGUCAUCCUUGAUCGCAUUUCGCGAAACACAGAUGACUGGGUGGAUGACGGGUAUGGGGGAAGAGACCCCAAGAGAAGAAGAAAUGACAACGCCAUUGUACCAGCAGAUACAAUGACAACUUUGGCCGCACAAAUGGCCGCGGUGACCUCUCUCCUACAAACGAUGGCAAUUAAUCAAGGUGCCCUCUCUCAAAGUUCAGCGCAACCCAAUGCACCCGUGCAAUUGGCCGCAAUAAAUUGCGUCCAAUACGGAGGGGGCCAUGCUGCAGAGAUGUGUCCAUCGAACCCGCAGUCAGUGUUUGCUAUCCAAAACAACCCUUACAGCAACACUUACAAUCCAGGUUGGCGGAAUCACCCUAACUUCGAUUGGGGAGGGAAUCACAACCAAGGGUGCCAAAGUAAUCAUCAGAACAACAAUUCAAGGAAUCGAGGAAAUCCUUCAUCUUUUCACCAGAAUCAGAAUCAGAGUCAUCAAAUGCAACCGCAUAACCAACCGUUCUCAUCGAACACCUCUGUGAAUUUAUCAUCAUUUGAGUCCCUACUGAAGCAUUAUAUUGAGAAAUAUGACGCAGUCAUUUAG